CCGGCAGAGCGCAACAUGGCCCGGGCCGCGCGCGCGCUGUGGCCGGCCGGGCGCCUGCUGGCCUGGAGGCUGGGCAGCCUGCCCCGGGCCUCGCACCCCGCGCACGGCCGGGCCGGGCUCGCAGGGGCGGCGGGGGGUCCGGAUCCCGCUGCUGCCGCCCGCUGGGGCCGCCCUCGGGUCCUGGGGGCUGCGGCGCUGGCCCUGGGGGGCGCCCUGGGGCUGUACCACUCUGCACGGUGGCACCUGUCAGCCCAGGAUCUGCAAGCCCAGCGCCUGGCCGCCGAGCUCUCCCUGUCGGGCCGCCUGCAGCUGACCCUGUACCAGUACAAAACAUGCCCCUUCUGCAGCAAGGUCCGUGCCUUCCUGGACUUCCACGCGCUGCCCUACCAGGUGGUGGAGGUGAACCCAGUACGCAGGAGUGAGAUCAAGUUCUCCUCCUACCGCAAAGUGCCCAUCCUGCUGGCCCAGGAAGGAGAAAACUCGCAACAGCUGAAUGAUUCCUCGGUGAUCAUUAGUGCCCUCAAGACCUACCUGGUAUCUGGGCAGCCCCUGGACGCCGUCAUCAGCUACUACCCCCCCAUGAAGGCCACCAACGAGCAGGGCAAGGAAGUGACCGAGUUCUGCAACAAGUACUGGCUCAUGCUGGAUGAGCGCGAGGCCCAGCGCAUGUACGGCGGGAAGGAGGCCAGGACGGAAGAGAUGAAGUGGCGGCAAUGGGCGGACGACUGGCUGGUGCAUCUUAUCUCGCCCAACGUGUACCGCACGCCCACUGAGGCCCUGGCUUCCUUUGACUACAUCGUGAAAGAGGGCAGAUUCGGGCUGGUGGAGGGCGCCGUGGCGAAGUAUGUGGGCGCCGCGGCCAUGUAUCUCAUCAGCAAGCGGCUCAAGAGCAGGCACCACCUUCGAGAUGAUGUGCGUCAGGACCUCUAUGAAGCGGCGGACAAGUGGGUGGCUGCAGUGGGCAAACACAGACCUUUCAUGGGGGGCCAGAAGCCGAACCUAGCCGAUCUGGCGGUGUAUGGCGUGCUGCGGGUGAUGGAGGGCCUGGAGGCCUUUGAUGACCUGAUGCGCCACUCCCGCAUCCAACCAUGGUACCUGCGGGUGGAGAAGGCCAUUGCACAGGCCCCCAGAGACUGAGCCCUGUUGGGCCGGUGGCCAUGGACACACUUGCUGCCAGCACAGAGCCGGGGCCAGGAUGCUGUGUGUGGAGCCAGGAUGAUGUGCCCUGCCCUGUCCCCCAGCUUUUGACUCCGGAGAAGUGGAGCUAGGAUUCAUAUCCCUCCUGGACCUCAGUGACAGUCU